UAUUUGAUUAUCAAUUGAUAUCAGAGUCAAGUUUUUUCCUGUUUUGAAUUUGUUGUGUUCUCACACAGACGACAUGGGCCAUGAGAACAGCAUCGUGUCUGCCAGAGGAGCGAGAAGAGGACAAUCUGCCGAGGACCUGAGGGAGUUUGAACGAAUGCUGGGCAUCAGGGAAGACCGCCCCAUCACGCCUCCUCACAGUGAGAGCCACUGCAAGUACUGCUACAGCGAAGUACGUCUUGUGGAGGCCGUCAACGAGCAUUGCAACCCCGAACUCUGGAUGCAAGAAGUCAAACGCUGCCCUAAACUAUGUGUUCUAACCCUGGGCGCUGCUGGUGACACUGCCGCAGCUGAGCACACAUCCCCCAGCAUCCUCAAUAUCUUGGAGGACUCGGCACUCCCGUGGGUUAAAGAAAAUGCUGACAGUGAAACUUCCACUCCAUCUGCAGGGUCAUCAGAAUCGUGUGAUACCGGCCAGAAUAAACAAGAAGACAGUCCUUGUAACAAUGACAACUCAGGUGACGGUAGUAGUUCAGUCAAACGAAAAGUAAAGCCUUCAAGUCACGGCGGUGGGCGGCUCUCCAUCAGUCAAGAUCCUCUUGAUGUUCGUGAAAAAACUCCUGCCAUCGCCUCUGCAAGGCUAGGGAUAGAUGAGCAUAAGGUUAGCUCUGCAUUUUCUGACGAUGAAACUGGCGAGCGCUGGUUGGAAAGGUUACGUGAUUUAGCUUCUAGGGCCUCGGAAGCAUCCCAGUUAUCUGACAUGCAGACAAUUCUUCCAGCAAAGUAUCAUGCGCGUUGCCCUCGUGAGAGACCUCACGUGUCCAUUCCUCCUCGACCAGAAAGUCUUCCUGCCUCGAUGGAAUUUCCUGCUUUGUAUCCUAGUGGAACUGGUGCUAUUCCUAAGAAAAGAGAUAAAGAUCUAGAAACUAGUAAAUCUGAGAAAGCUAAACUUGAUGAAGACAAACGACGUAACAAUAUCUGUGAUAUACCACCAUGUGAAGCUAGUGAUUCGUUGUUAGACUACUUCAGUAGAAACACUACUCUUGGUCACUCAGAUAUUAAGAACCUAUUAGUGCUCGUUUGUUUAGAGAAACAAUUAACAAACACAAGUAGUUCAUUUUCAUCUCUUAACGACGGUCCUUCAGAAAUGUUGCGGACUCUAACCCCGGAAAUUUUACAAACGCUCUCUGCCUAUCGUAAGUUCUGUGGCCUGCAGCCAGCGUCGUCAUCUCCCGAAAUCUUAUCAAAUAAAGACAGCAGCGGCAAACUGCACCGCAAACCUGCCAUCCGGCGAAGGAAAUACGAUGGAAGCCCGUCUGCUGGGUCCAUAGACAAGCAAGAUCAGUGCUCCGCAUCUCCUGGCGACUCUGAGAAGUCUCAAGUAACUCUCAGGGACCAGGAGGGCAACCUCGGAGCGUCAAUGCCCUAUGGCCUCGACGACAGCAGCGGCCUGUCGGAGUCGCCUGGUGAUACAGAAAAUACUUCAGUUUUUCGUGCAGCUUAUGACGAUGGCGAGCUCGAAGAGCCCCUGGCUGUGAGCGGCUGUUCAACGCCGACCGACGAAACCAUCAAGAGCCAUGAAACUGAGAGCCCCUUUGGGGCUUGUCAUGAAGCUUCACUUGAGAGCUCGUCCUCUUCUUCUGGCUCUGGGCUGACUUUGGUGUUAGACCCUAAACCUGAUGUGGGUUCUUCAGGAAAGGACGGUUCUAGGACAGUGGUUGACCGCAGUUUGGUUCGAGCUAGAGGAAGAAAAACUCGUGCUGCUAUUCCAGUUAUUGGUGAUAGUUCUACUGACGGUCCCGACAGCUUGAGUAAUUCUGAUGGCCCAAUCAGCAACUGUACCGACACGAGCAAAAAAUCUGAAGAUGAUAGUUUGGCAGCCAGUAGAUUUGCAGUGCAGAACAAUCACCCGCUCUUCCGGGGUGAUUUGGAAGACACGAAUUUGUUUUCUCGACCUCGUGCCCAGAGAAUUUGUCUCUCGACCCCCCGUGGUCGUAGUGUUGAGCUGCCUCUCAUGCCCUUAUCUUCCCCUUAUCGCUUGAACGUGACAAGCCUCAGCAACGCCUUACAAAUAGCAGCUGUUAAUUCCUCCAGUGGCACGCAGCCUGUCGAGGAUGUAGCCAUUGUCAGCAGUACGGUUGCUCCUGUUAGGUCUUCUUCUAAUUCACAUUUGGCUUGUAACUCAAUCUGCUAUAUUGAUGAGCCUACUGAAGAUGCCUCUUGCCCUGCCCCUUACGUCCCAUAUUCUAUGAUCAACAAACCAACAAAUUACAAACAUUAUCACAACCUCCGCAUAGGUCCUAAAAAAUAUAUCAAGGUUGCUCUUGACAGGUUAACCCUCCUGGCGCUUCUCGACAAGAACCUUUCGAUAAUCGAAACGAUCUUCACCGUAUUGCUCAUUCUGGCUGUAGGUAUCUUAGGCUGUUGCAUUCUUCACUUGUGUAUUUAUAAGGAACUAGAGGUACUUAUUUUUUGUAUUGUGAUGGCCAGCUGUCAGUAUUCCUUAUUCAAGAGCGUGCAACCUGAUGCCGCGUCUCCAGUCCAUGGCUACAAUCACAUCAUACGUUUCAGUCGCCCCAUCUACUUCAUUAUCUGCAGCAGCUGCGUAUUGGCUCUACACGCGCUCACUUCCGAUCCCGAAUAUUCGUUGCCAAGUUUUGAGCUCUAUGGAGCAAACGUAUUCAGCCCCUUUGUAGUGGAUAAGUGUUUACAGAUAUUCAUGUUGUUUCUGCUAUGCUUUCCGCUGUUAUUCAGUCUAGGGUUGUUGCCCCAAAUCAAUACAUUUUCCAUGUACUUCUUAGAGCAGCUUGAUAUUCACAUGUUCGGCGGUAGUGCCACGACUAGCCUCGCCGGUGCCAUUUACUGCAUUUCUCGAAGCCUCCUUGCCGUAGCAAUCCUCGUAGGCUUUGCAUAUGGCGGCCUACAGUCCAGCAGCGCCGCGGCAUAUCCUGAAAACCCAACAGAUGUCACAAACCGGCAACAGGACAGCGGUCAGCUAGUGCUAUACUCUCUGUUUUGUGCGCUGCUGCUCGCUAUCAGCUAUCAUCUGAGCAGGAGCAGUUCUGAUUAUGCCACUCUUUGGCAGCUCGUCAAGGAACAUUUCAUAGCUGAUGCCACGCCGGCAGUUCCUAAACCCCAUCCUUCCCCAACCGUCAAGGAAGAACCUCCUCCUCCCCCUCCUCCUGCCUCCACCGACGCAAUAAAUGACAACGAUGAAUCAGAAGUUAACAAUGUUCAACAGGCGAUCACGUCGCAAAUUUCCGAAGAAGAUCCGGACUCAGUGUUGUCCAAACUUGCUGUUGCCAAAACACCAAUUGAGGAAAAUGAUCCGCUUCCCUCCAAGAUGCGGAUCACUGUUCUGUCCCGCCUCACGCACGACGCCUUGGCAUGUUCUUUACUUGCAGCUGUUGUUUUCACUCUACUGGUGACCUCAACGCUGCAGCAGCUGCUGGCUCAUGUGCAUCCUCUUGUUCUGUGGGUGCCUGCUGUGGUGCUGGGCUUCUUCCUGCACUACAUCAUCCCUCAUCUACGCAAGCAACAACCCUGGUUAUGCAUCGCUAAGCCAGUGUGCAUGCAACACGAGUACGGGAGCUAUGAGGUCUACGACCCUGCCAGACUCAUGUGGUUCGAGAAAAUCUAUGUUUGGUUGUGCGCUCUCGAGAAAAACUUGAUUUAUCCUGCCAUUCUGAUCUGCGCUGUCACUUUGGAUGGACCUUUCAUAGCAAGCAAGCAUCCUACAAUCGGUGCACUCAUGGUUGUUGUGUGCGGGCUCAAAGGUCUUCGUUCUACUUACUCAUAUCCACCGUCGCAUUUCCUCAUUCUUGCCUUCACCAAACUCCUCUUCGAUUACGACCUGCGCGGUUGUUCCGAAGGAUUUCUGGUAGACUUCUUCUUCAUGGCCAUCAUUUUUCGCAAAGGUUACGACUUUCUCCUGAAGUUCAAAUUCAUUGUCACUUACAUCGCUCCGUGGCAAAUCACUUGGGGCUCCGCGUUCCAUGCUUUUGCUCAGCCGUUCAGCGUGCCUCACUCUGCAAUGCUGUUCCUUCAGGCGGCAGUUUCCGCGGUAUUUUCAACGCCAUUAAAUCCUAUCCUUGGUUCUGCUAUCUUCAUUACAAGUUACGUGCGACCAGUCAAGUUCUGGGAGCGAGACUAUAACACCAAGCGUAUGGACCAGAGCAACACAAGGCUCUCUACUUCAUUGAUGAGCCACAACCCAGGAGCUGACGAUAACAACCUUAACUCCAUCUUCUAUGAGCACCUCACUCGGUCCCUGCAGCACUCCCUUUGUGGAGACCUCGCGCUCGGGCGGUGGGGGCCUGCUGGUGAAGGAGACUGUUUUGUGCUGGCCUCGGACAACCUCAACUGCCUGGUUCACAUCGUCGAGAUGGCGAACGGUCUCGUCACCUUUCAGGUUCGGGGUUUGGAGUUUCGAGGAACCUACUGCCAACAGCGGGAGGUGGAGGCCAUCUCAGAGGGCGUUGAUAACGAUGCAGGUUGUUGCUGUUGCGAGCUUGGUCGUUUGCCUAACCUGCUGAGUGGCAACGCUGCAUUCAACCAACGCUGGCUUGCGUGGGAGGUCACUGCUACUAAGUACGUCUUGGAAGGCUACAGCAUCUCAGAUACGUCUGCUGCUUCCAUGUUCCAGAUGUUCGAUCUGCGCAAAAUACUCAUUACAUACUACAUCAAGUCGAUCAUCUUCCACGUGAGUCGCCACGUGCGAUUAUAUAACUGGCUGAGCGACAGCACCAUCGUGGCUCGCCUGGCUGCUCUUAACGAGCCUACCUGGGCCGACCUCGCACCGACAUUUCACCCAAAAAUCGACGCUGAUUACGACCAUAAAGAAAAUGGCAUCACGCGAGCCAGUUUCUGCAACGCGUUCAAACCAUGGAUCGAUUUCUGCAUGGCGGAGCGAGAAGCCGUGGAAGAGGCGGCCCUCAGAGAGCAGAUGGAAGUGCCUCCUCCAAGCCCUGACACGAUGGCGAGGAACCGUGAGGAGCUCGAGAAGAGAACCAGGGAAUACUUCAAUCAGAAACAGUCCAAAGAUUUCCAACGCGGGAAAGGAAGCGCUAGUCGAAGAAAGCGCGUGAAUACACAGCCCACUUCAGAAGAGUCCAAAGAAUACUUCAUUCAAGGGCGAGCGAAAAAGAAAAACCCCGAAAUGAAGAAAAAUUCUCUGUUGAGGCCGCCGUCCGUGUUCGACGACGUAGUGUCUGAAGAUGCAGACAGAGGAGCAGGCGCUUCGCCCCCCGUCAGGAGGGUGUUGCCUGACGGGGUCGUCAUCUAUGACACGUCACGUGACUCUGUGCUUGUGUCGCUCUGUCUCGCCCUCAGUGUCUUGGGUCGUCGCGCGCUCGGUCCCGCUUCAGACAGCGAUAACGUGGAGUUCUUUCUUCUGGGUCUGCACGCGCUGUUCAAAGGGGAUUUCAGAAUAACUUGCGAGCGAGACGAGUGGGUGUUCCGGGACAUGGAGCUGCUGCGGAGGAUCGUGGCUCCAGCUGUGAGGAUGAGCCUCAAGCUACAUCUGGACCACUUCCUAGUACCUGACGAGUACGAGCAGCACGAGCCGCUGUACACCGCCAUGCUGGAGCAACACCGCCAGCAGCUCAUCAUCGCUGACGAGUCUGACCCGUCGUGGCGCGCUGCCGUACUAGCCUCCAAGCCUUCUCUCCUAGCACUCAGGCAUGUGUUGGAUGAUGGAGACGACAAGUACAAAAUUAUCAUGCUAAACAAACGGCAUCUACUCUUCAGGGUCAUCAAAGUUAACCGGGAAUGCGUGCGGGGACUGUGGGCAGGGCAGCAGCAAGAGCUCGUCUACUUCAGGAACCGCAACCCUGAGCGCGGCAGCAUCCAGAACGCCAAGCAGGCGCUAAGAAACAUGAUCAACAGCUCGUGUGACCAGCCAAUUGGUUACCCAAUCUACGUGUCUCCGCUGACGACGUCGUUCGCCCACACACACCCUGACCACGCGCGCACCCUGGGUGGACCCAUCACCCCCGCGCUGCUCUGGCGACAGACACGCAAACUCGGAUACUGCAUUAAGGAGCGCUGUGGCGAGAACUGCCGCAACAGCAGCAACGUCUACACGUCCAGGGAGCAGGUCUCAUCCCCAGCGGCGCCUCCUCGCAGGGCUGCCUCAGGGUUGACCCCGAGUCCACCACACCAAACAUCGAGCAACUCCUGCCGUCAAGACUCGGGCAGCGCUGGGGGCAUGUCGCUGCUACACGGUUCGAUGGUCGGCAUGCGCGGUGACUCCUUGUCCCGUGGAUCCGUCUUGUCGUCAUCUUCAUCAGGCCUGUCAUCCUUCCCCGGUGUGACGAAACACCAGAAUGCCAACGCCCUUGCGUGCUUGGCAGGACUGCUGAGCGGGGAAGGUUCUCCUCUAGACGCGUCUGGGCCUUGCUAUCUCUCGGCCGUGCAGUCGGCCGUAGCCGUACGCGAGAGUGCUGCCUCUGCUGAGAGCAGGUUGUCACCGCGGGACUGUGACGUGUCUGACGCUGAUUCUUCCUUCGGUGCCGUUGCCUUGCACGGGCCCCUAUUGUGCGGUCAGCACCCAUCGAGUAGUCGCCACCGAGACUCGAGUUUGACCACCCGACGCGAAAGUCGUUCGUGGCUGCGGUCACCUCGUGGCAACAGCCUAUCGUACCUCGAGCCCCCACCGCUGGUCCUAGAAUAUCGUGACAUGGAACCCAGCAGUAGAGAGAUCCGCGCGGCACGAAGAGCCCAGAGAUUAGUCGGUCACGAGAGAAGUGCAAGCGGUGAUGCUUUCUUGCCGUGUAGGAACCAAAGUGGAGAGGACCUCAGCCCCGAGCCCAACCAGAGUAAGAAUGCUUCAGAUGAAAUGAAAACUUCUGACAGCGAUAUCGCUUCUCCAUUGAGUUCACAGAGCGCUCGUAAUCGAGAUGAUGAAUCACCGAAGCGCUACAAAUUUGGUGACGACGAUGCCGAGUGGAUUUUAGACUACUCCAGGAUGGAACCUUUCCCUUUUGCUGUCCGUUCUCCGUACUGGACCGCGCAGUACAGAUUCGUUAGAGCUCCCCCUCGCCCCAUUCCUCUUGCCCCAAAUUUGUCACCUCCACGCCGCACUCGAAAGUCGCGAUCGCAUGGCGGUCGUAGCGCUCGUCGAGCGGUUGAAUUUUCCGAGACAGCGAGUUCUGCUUGUCCGUCCACCUCGGAUGCGACAUCCUCCAACCUCGACCCUUCCGACGACUCCAUACCCCGUAUAUCAUACGAUCCUGACGAGUCUGCAGCGAACACUAGCAACGAUACCAUAACUGAAUAUUCUGAUACCAGGGAACCCGCUGCAGACGAGUGUCCUGGAGAGUCUUCUCGCCUAAAUCCUGACCCUGAAUCAAAUGAGACCGCACACGGACGAGUGACGAUCGCAGAUGCCAACCAGAUCUAUGACACCUUGAACUUGGGACGCCGCAUUGACGUUCUUUGGCCCAGCAAUGAAAUGCGUAAUCUUGGCGGACGGAAUUGCUGGGGUUCCUUUGUCCCUGUCGAGGGAAUGUCGGGUCCUGUCGUGCAUCGCUGGACUCCCCACCACCCUGAUCCUCAUUUUCGUAGUCACGUAGAUCGCACUAUCCUUUUGGUGCGCAUCAAUGAUUUCUAUGUGCCUGUUGCCGAAGACGGAGUUAAUACUGUCUGAUGUUAGACUGCGCUAGGUUCCGAUUUUUAAUGCGUAUACGGUUCUGUUUCUUUAAUCUUAGCGGGUGCU